CCGUCCUUUUGUCAGGAUUCUCUCCUGCAAUAAUCCUUUGAGGAGUAGAGAGAGUAGUACUCCAAGAUUAGAACACAGCCCCUGACAAAAAGGACUAGAAGCAUGGAAUAAAUGACAGCCCCCACAUGUCUAAAAGCAGGAAAUAAAGGAAUCUCCCCCCAAUCUCUUUGCUAUCAUACGACCAAUCUUUCACUCCCCUUACAUACAUCCCUCAGCUGAAAGAGAAAAAGAGAAUGAGAACAAUCAUGGCAAAAACCCCUCAUGACUCUUCAUUCUCUUCUUCUUCUUCAAGGAGGCACUUUCAAUGGAGGAAAAAGAAGGAUGAAGAGAAGGAAGAAAGAGAAGAAUCCCUCUCCUUCAACUCCUCUUCGCUACUCAACUGCGAAGAUAUAAAAAUAGGAGCUCCAACUACAGCUUCAGCUCCUAGAAAGAAAAUAGGAGCAGGGGCUACAGUUGCAGCAUUGCGAAUUCGGUCAGUUCUAACUGGAUUCGCUGCCAAGGCGCGGUGGCAUCUGUCAUCGGGUCUUGGCAAUAGGGUCACUGGCACUCUCUUCGGCUACCGUCGUGGACAUGUGCACUUCGCAUUCCAGGAUGACCCCAAAACGGGCCCGGCCUUGCUUAUCGAGCUGGCCACGCCCACGAGCGGUUUGGUCAGAGAGAUGGCGUCGGGCCUAGUGAGGAUUGCGCUGGAGUGUGAUCGGACGGUCGAGAAGAAAGGGGUCAGGUUGCUAGAUGAGCCGCUGUGGAGGACUUAUUGCAACGGGAAGAAAUGUGGGUUCGCGAUGAAGCGAGAGUGUGGGCCCGCUGAGUGGAAGGUACUGAAGGCAGUGGGGCCCGUUUCGAUGGGUGCAGGCGUGCUGCCGGGGAAUGGAGCCGGGUCCGAGGGUGAGCUCAUGUACAUGAGAGCCAGGUUCGAGCGGGUUAUCGGGUCCAGAGAUUCAGAAGCCUUCUACAUGAUGAAUCCUGAUGGGAAUGGUGGGCCAGAGCUUAGUAUAUAUUUGCUGAGAGUUUGAAAGCAUUGUCUUAGGUUCUCUCCAUUUUAGCUUGUUUUUUUGGGGUGUUUGGUUUUCUCUAGGAAUGAUACGGUGUAUAGUACAUACUCUGAACAUUGGUGUAUACACUCAUCAUCUUCCUUUGCUUUGAUUGGGUCUACAUCUCCAACAUACACCAAUGUUUAGUGUAUAACUGUAUACAUUCUAUCAUUCCUUAGUUUUUUAUUGGGUGUUUUGGUCUUUGUAGAUUUUUAGCUUCUUUGAAUCUGGUUACACUCCUAUGAUAGUUUAUCAGCAUCUAAGAGUGACAGUGACUGAUCCAAGUUAGUUCUUGUAUGGAUAUCCAGACCGUCCAAGUCGUGGGGCACAUUGUUGAUGGAGCAUAUGUCGAAAAUUGCACUUGUUAAGCAAUCAUAACCGUCCAGUUUAUAGUUAUAAAUUGGAUGGUUGGAGCUAAACUAGUGUGUGGUGCUUUGUUGAUUUUGUGAAAUUGUGCUCCAUCCACAGUUGGGUGGAGGAUUGGGCGGUCCGGAUUUCUGUACAACUAUGAUAGUGUACGGUGGAAGAGGCAUUGUCAUUUUUUAAAUGGUGGUGAACGGUCACAGGAACCCGGAUGAGGUGUGGGGUAUAGCAAUGUAUAGCUUUUCUUCUUUUUCUUUUUUCUUUCUCUUUUUUUGCUUUUUGUUUCUAAAGGAGACAAAGCAAUGGAAACGUCAUUGUCUUUCUUUUCAGAUGAGAUGGUCUAAUAUUGCAACAAAAUGGGUCUUGAAAUGUA